CCCGACCCGAACCUUGGACCCCCCAAACCGCCCCCAACCGCCCCGACCUCUCGGGCACCCCCCGGCGCGCCCGCCGGGGCACGGCACCCCCGCGGCAUGGCGUCCCGGGGCGCGGCGGGUGGCCCGCGCGGCCUGGCGGAGGUGCUGGAGCGCUGGCUGCAGAGCCCCCUGGGCGCCUCCCAGUGCUGCCGCUCCAGCGGCGCGGUGCCGAUCAUCGACGCCAUCGGCAUGUGCGCGGAGCUGCGCGAGCUGUCCGGGGGCUCCAUCGCGAGGCUGGCGAGCGCCCUCGGGGCGGAACCGCCGGAGGGCCCCGUCGCGGUGGACGCCGCGGGGCAGGCGGUGCGGCUGAGGUCGGCGAGCUCGCGGGGCAUCACCAGGAGCGUGUCCGAGCGCGUGCGGGCGGCGGCGGAGCGCCAGGUCAUGGCGGCGCCGGGCGGGGGCGCGAGCCUCCUGGACCUGCUCGAGGCGGGCGCCGUGGCCGCGCUGCUCGGGGGCGUGCCCGAGGUCUCGGAGCGCCUGGAGGUGCUGCGCCAGGCCCUCGGCGCGUCCGAGCGCGUGGAGGUGUGCGGCUCGCGCGCGGCGGCGAGGGGCCCGGCGCCACCAGCCGACAGCACGCCGCCGCGCGUUCCGUCGCGCUCCUUGCAGCUUGACGUCCUUGGAGGCGUCAGGCGCGACGACGGGCAGGCGGCGGAUGCCCUCAGCGACGCACUCAGCGACGCGGAGCCCCAGGAGCCCGGCGCCGACGGCGACGCGCCGACGCCAGAGAGCGCGUUCAGGACGCCCUCGCUCGGGAGCGAGCCUGGAGCGUGCGGAUCGUCUCCCUGCGCGCCGGGCGGGGCGCAGGGCUGCGGCGAGUCGCCCGCGACGGGCCGCGAGUGCGCGGCGGGCGCGGCGCACCUCGGCGCGGCGGCGGCUGCGGCCGCAGCAGGUGCCUCGCAGUCUGAGCACGCCCCCCAGUGGUCGGGGCCUGAGGACCAGCAGUUCAUGCCUCUGUGCGGCGGCGCCGGUGGCCAGUGGCUCUGGUGCCCCCUGGUCCUCCCAGCCGAGGCCUUUGGUCGCAAGCCAUGGGGGCUAACUGUGCCCUCGUAGUUAUGUGCUUCGAGUGCGUUGGUUUCGAUCAGCGUC